CCUACUGUCUACUCGAGUUUUUUUGUUUUUUUUUUCAACUCCAAGGCGAAGUAUGGAGAAAACUUUUCGAGAAAACAUGGCGGAGAAGUGAAGACUUGUUUGAACAAGCUGUGGGUUUUGUUUCGGAGUUGUAGGACAUGUUGCCUGUUUGCCGACUCGUCGCUCGCGCAUUUUAAAGGAUGGAGGCCUCUUGUCUGGAGCUGGCGCUGGAGGGAGAGCGUCUGUGUAAGAAUGGUGAUUACCGCGCAGGCGUCUCCUUCUUCGAGUCCGCCAUGCAGGUAGGGACGGAGGACCUGCAGAUCCUCAGCGCCAUCUACAGCCAGCUAGGAAAUGCCUACUUCCACCUGCAGGACUACACUAAAGCACUCGAGUUCCACCGCCAUGACCUUACUCUUACGCGAACGAUUAGAGAUCAGCCGGGCGAGGCCAAAGCUAGCGGGAAUCUCGGAAACACCCUGAAGGUUCUGGGUCGCUAUGACGAGGCGGCGGCUUGUUGCCAGAGACACCUAGAUAUUUCUAGAACGCUCCAUGACAAGGUGGGGCAGGCACGAGCGCUGUAUAAUUAUGGGAAUGUGUACCACGCCAAGGGGAAGAACAUAUGUUGGAGUGGGACAGACCCAGGAGAGCUUCCAGAGGAGGCGCGCGUUGCUUUAAAGAAAGCUACAGAGUACUAUGAAGCGAAUCUGUCCAUCGUGAAAGAGUUGGGGGACCGAGCAGCACAAGGACGGACCUACGGUAACCUGGGCAACACGCAGUACCUGCUGGGGAACUUUCAGAACGCUGUGAUGGCUCACGAACAGCGUCUCCUCAUCGCGAAGGAGUUCGGCGACCGGGCCGCGGAGAGGAGAGCUUACUGUAACUUGGGAAACGCGUACAUCUUCCUGGGCCAGUUCGAGGUGGCAGCUGAAAACUACAAACGCACACUACAGCUGGCUCGGCAGCUGAGGGACCGGGCGGUGGAGGCUCAGGCCUGUUACAGCUUGGGCAACACGUACACACUUCUACAGGACUACGAGAGAGCCAUCGACUACCACCUCAAACACCUCAUCAUCGCUCAGGACCUCAAAGACAGGAUAGGAGAAGGGAGAGCUUGCUGGAGUUUAGGGAACGCCCACACGGCUCUUGGAAACCACGAACAGGCCUUACACUAUGCCGAGAAACAUCUGGAGAUUUCCAAAGAGAUCGGAGACCGUAGCGGAGAGCUGACGGCCAGAAUGAAUGUCUCAGACCUGCAGCUGGUGUUGGGUCUGAAACAGAACCACUCCAUUAGCUACACAGACGGCAGCUACGCGGACAGUAACAGUCCAACAGGAGCGAAACCCAGGUCUGGACGGAGACACAGCAUGGAGAACAUGGAACUCAUGAAACUUAGUCAAGACAAGAGCCCUGGGCCAGUGAGCGAUGAGGAUGUCUCCCCCAAGCAGUCCAAAUCUUCACCCAUAGCCAAAACGUCGUCCAAACUCUUCUUCAUCAAUCGCUUUAAAGGGAAGAAACAGAAAGCUGACGGCGCAAGUCUGACUAAACCGCCACAGAGCCAGAACAGUGCUCCUCGUACGCCCGAGCUGGAUCCCAAGUACGCUCCGGACACUCUGGGAGACGAGGGCUUUUUCGACCUGCUCACUCGCUUUCAGGGAAACCGCAUGGACGACCAGAGGUGCUCCUUACAGGGCGGCGUAAGCCGUGGCUCCUCCCCCUCCCCUUGUGACACCCCACCCAUAGCCGUGAGAAAACCUAUUUCUGUGUCCGAAGAGGCAGCUUCGGCUCAGCCUGGCCACUUCCUGGACUUGCUGGCCAGCUCACAAGGCCGGCGACUGGACGAGCAGCGGGCGAGCAUGGGGACGCUGCCGGGUUUAGUGCUGGACCAAAACAACAGAGAUGCCAUGCUGAGCCAGCUCAUAGCCAGCGCUGAGAGCAAGGAGCCAGACGAUGACUUCUUCGACAUUCUCAUUAAGUGCCAGGGUUCCCGACUUGACGACCAGAGGUGUGCUCCUCCGCCUCCCCCGUCGCGAGGCCCCACAGUGCCGGAUGAAGACUUCUUCAGCCUCAUCCUGCGCUCGCAGGCCAAACGCAUGGACGAGCAGCGCGUCAAUCUGCCCUCUGACCCUGGACCCACGCCACUAAACCCUGACUGAAGCCACAUGCCAGCGCAAGCACCAUAACACAGACUUCAGAGACUUGUGAAGUCACCCAGGUCUUCCCAACCAACAGAAAGAGUCCCGUUCAUCUCCAGCAAAAGACAAACAAACAAAACUGGAAUCUGUAAAUCAUCUCAAUUGUUGGAGUUGUGGCAUCUGGGUGAAUUCUCACUUAUAUAAACAUGAAGGAGUGUUUAAGGACAUCUCGGUACGGCUGCAGGUCAGUACGUCAUCGGGCCGUUUCUACACCGCGAACGGUGAACGCAGCUGGUUUUAGUUUUAGCACUAAUUUCGCGUAGCUGUACUGCACCAGUGGGAAAUGUUCUUUCUUUCAUACAAGCUGUAUUCAGGAUCAGAGCGAAGCCGACGAUGUCUCGUCCUCAGGGUUCCGAUAUUAUACACUGCCUCCGAUCUCAUGUUCGUAUCCCGAUGGGUUCCUGGCUCUUCCAAACUUCUGUGGCGGAGGGGAAAUGACAUCAUACUACAUUUCCUCCCCCAUUAUUAUUAUUAUUAUAUUUCAUAAGUCUGUAUAAAGCUUCAAAACUUAAUAUUUGUGGAGGUUUUUUAAUUGUUCUAGAAAAACAGGUACUUGAAAAGACAUUUUUUGUCUUUAUAAACUUUGGUGAGAAAUGAAUUGAUAUGUUGUCUGUUUUUACAUCACAUUUUAUGUCACACCGGUAAUAAAAACUGAACUUUAAUCAAGA